AUGGCUCUUGACAGUCUGAAUAUCUCCUCAACCUCUGGAGGAGGCUCACUGAUGCUUCGAAGUCACCGCUUGGAAAGAUUACUUACUGGUUCGAUACCAGUACCACAAGAGACGGUUGUUGAUCAGAAUGGUGAGAUCGUUGUGAAUGAAGCCUUUGAGGACUUCAUGGCCCAAGACAGUGCACUCGCGUCCUGGCUACUGUCCACCAUCAGUCUACAGCUCCUACCUCAAUUCGUUGACGCUGAGACAGCAGCUGCAGUAUGGGAUAAAGUGACUCAGUUUUUUGCUAAUCGCGCUACCACAACAGUAAUGAACUUGUUGUAUAAACUACAAUCCCUCAAGAAAGGAGAUGACAUCAUGCGAGUCUACCUUAACCGUGUUAAAGAAGUGUGUGAUGCACUUGAGUCUUGUGGGAGUCAUGUUGCUCCAGUUGAGCAGAUUGUGAGUGUACUCAAAGGGCUACCUCGUGAAUAUUUGUCCUUUAUGGCGGUUAUAACCACCAUGCGUGAAAAUCCUACGCUAGAAAUUGUGAGUAGUAUGUUGAUCGAUGUUGAAACUCAGCUUACUGGUUUUGAGUUCUCAUCAGAAAGCCUCCCAAUGAGUUCUCAUGUGGCACAGGCUGCCUCUGACUCAUGA